GUCUUGCCUCCUGCAGCGCUCGUCUUGGGUGAAACGGCGAGCGGGGAUUUGCCCAGGGGGUGGCGGCUCCAAGCGCAGCCGCUCGUCUUGUCGACGCACGCGAAAACCGCGGCACCACUUUAUCGGCGGGCCGGCACACGCGAGAACCAGAUUCCCGCUUGCCAGACUGCUCGUCAUUCUAUUUUCGGGUUUGGUGCCGGACUGUCCCGCGAGUCCUGGGGCUUUGUGUAACAGACCAAUGGUGAUCUCUGUUCCCCAUCCGACCGCCGUUCGAGCUGAUGGGGUAUAUAUGUUAUCGGGCAUCCUGCCCAUCCGGUUCUUUUCUGAGCUUUCCUCCCCAUGGUCGGAUAGCGCCUUCACACAUACACACCAUCUUUUAAUCGUCUUUCUCUUGCCAAAUCAAGUCUGUUCCCAGACACUGGCCACACUCCUUUUGUGAUCCUAUCCACCAUAUUCACCACCAUGAAGUCCGACAUGCUACUCGCCCGCAUCGCCGGGCUCGUUGCCACCGCCCAGGCCCUCAUCCAGAUGGAGGUCCGGUAUUCCGACAAGAUGGUCGAGGUUGGCAACAUGGACCUCCAAGCCGUCACCAGAGACGCAAUCUACGCCGAGCCCGGAAACCAGCGGGGCAUAAUCACGGACCGCACAUCCACGGGCGUCACCAACCAAUGCCAGCACCGGCUCGAGCCCGGCCCGGACGUCACCGUUCAGAUCAGGAUGAACGGCGCGUGGGGCCGCACGCCCGGCCUCCAAGACAAUCAGAUGCGCGACGGCCUCGUGGCCUCGCUCUGGGAGGUGCUCAAGUCGGUCUCGGACGACACCGGCUACGAGAUCUACACCGACUGCUACGGCACGUCGUGGACCGAGAGUGCCAGGCACGUCAAGGAGGCCGCCUGCGGUGCCUUGGCCGCCAAGAGCUGCAAGGACCAGUGCGCCCACGUCAACACGCCCACGCUGACCCAGUGCAUGAAGCACAGCUGGGGCCACCGCGUGCCGUCGCAGAUUCGCGUCACCGCCUUCAUCGACGGCGCUCUGCAGGCCGACGACCUUAUCAUCGACUUUGCGUCGACCCAAAACAACAAGCCCGGCGGCUGCGGCAUCAUCGGCAAGAUCGCGGCGCAGCUGGCCACGUUUACCAUCCCUGUCGUCGGCGGACUGUUCGCCGAGGGCAUUAACCUUGGCUGCGCUUCGUAAGACAGAGCAUGCAUGGCAAGGGACGUCAUGGCGAUAUAUAAUAAAAUAAAGCAACUGUUAAAUAACUGCCG